CCGUUUCCGCCCGGCCUGGGGAGAAGCUGCUGCUGCUGCUGCCAGGGGGAGGGGCUGGUGCCGCGGCCGCCGCUGAGGGCUUGCGCUCCCGCUGGCUGCCCAGGAGACGCCGUGGCGCUGAGCCGGGCCUAGUGCCGUGCGGGGGCCCGGGGAACGGGCCGGCCAGGUUUCCCCAUGUCCGUGACGUGUUGGCCGAGGCUCUGCGGCUCCUCUCCGCCCUCGGAGCGGCCAGUCGCUGCCCUCUGGACUCCGUGAUCCCCGACGGGCGUCAUGAGCAUUGCAAUCCCUCUGGGAGUCACCACACCAGAUACGUCCUACUCCGACAUGGCUGCAGGAUCGGACCCUGAGUCUGUGGAAGCUAGUCCAGCUGUCAGUGAGAAGAAUGUGUACUCCAGCCACGGCUAUGGGGCCACCCAGAAACACAGCUAUCGCGGGCUGCCUUACGCAGAUCAUAAUUAUGGAGCCCCUCCUCCUCUAACACCGCCUCCUGUCCAGACCAUUAUACCUCGUGCAGAACUGAACGGCCUGCAUUCGCCUGAUGAGGAGAACUCCGGGGACAGUGAGAGCUCCUCAGAAGGAGAAUCCAUUCCCGCCUGGUGCCACUGCAGUGUCUCCCAAGAUGGUUUCCUCCUCAAGUGUGACAAGUGCAGAGGAAUGAGCAGGGGGAAGGUGAUAAGGCUCCGCCGUCGGAAGCAGGACAACGUGUCAGGUGGGGAGAGCAGUGCAACCGAGAGCUGGGAUGAAGAACUUUCUCCCUCUACGGUGCUGUACACAGCUACGCAGCACACCCCUACAAGCAUCACGCUGACCGUCAACCGCGUCCGUAGAAGCAAACCUAAGAAGAGGAAGAGAAGUACAGAAAAAGCUCGCACUGCUCCAAAGGCCAAAAAGAUCAAGGCUUUUCGAGAGGGUUCCCGGAAGUCUCUGAGGAUGAAGAAUUCCCCUUCUGAAGCACACGCCUUGGAUGAAAACACAGCCGAAGGGUGGGAGAACCGAAUACGACUCUGGACGGAUCAGUACGAAGAAGCCUUUACGAACCAGUACAGUGCUGAUGUCCAGAACUUGUUGGAGCGUCAUCUAAACUCUAACAAAGACUGUGUGGGCAAAACUAUGAUGCUAGACACGAUCAACAAAACAGAGCUGGCCUGCAAUAAUACCGUCAUCGGGUCCCAGAUGCAGCUGCAGCUGGGAAGGGUGACUCGGGUUCAGAAGCACCGGAAGAUCCUGAGGGCAGCAAGAGACUUGGCACUUGAUACCCUUAUAAUUGAGUAUCGAGGGAAGGUUAUGUUACGACAGCAAUUCGAGGUCAAUGGGCAUUUCUUCAAAAAGCCAUAUCCCUUUGUGCUGUUCUACUCCAAGUUCAAUGGCGUUGAAAUGUGCGUUGAUGCCCGCACCUUUGGUAACGAUGCCAGGUUCAUCAGGCGUUCCUGCACUCCAAACGCAGAGGUUCGUCAUGUGAUUGCUGAUGGGAUGAUCCACCUGUGUAUCUAUGCUGUUGCCACCAUUGCCAAGGACACAGAGGUUACCAUCGCCUUUGACUAUGAGUACAACAUCUGCAGCAACUAUAAAGUGGACUGUGCAUGUCACAAGGGGAACCGGAAUUGCCCUGUGCAGAAACGUAGCCCAAAUGCUGCAGAACACCUACCUCCACCUGUUUUAGGCACACUGAUUGGGGCAGAAACACGCCGGCGAAAAGCCCGUCGAAAGGAGCUAGAGAUGGAACAGCAGGGCAUUGCAUCGGAUGAGAACAGCAGUCAACAAACAGAGGAAGUUCCUGAGGGACCUCCAGCAGUCAGUGACAAUGAGGUGGUAGAGAAGGAGGAGAAACAAGAAGGGGAGAAAGAGGAACCUGUAGAUGAGCAGGGAGCCUUGGUCCACGGCCGACGGUCCCGGGAAGACAGAAAGGUAGAAGCCAUCAUGCAUAUGUUUGAAAACUUAGAAAAGAGAAAGAGGAGACGAGAGCAACCAUCAGACCGUAACAGCACCGAUGCUGAAACCAGCAUCAAUUCUGAAGCUCCUGAGUCGGAGGAAGUAAAAACAGAAACUCCUGAAGUUGAAGAUGGAAGUUCAGCACUGAGUGCCGCUGCUCCCAAUGUGUCGAACAGUAACAGCAGUACUGGGGUGAACACACGGCGGUCUUCACAAGUAGUGGAUGCUGUCGCCGAAAAAACACUUACUAAGCCAGCUCCAGCAAAACCCUCCAGGCCCCGACCAAAAAGUCGCUUCUCUCGAUACCGGACAAGUUCAGCCCAAAGACUGAGAAGGCAGAAACAAGCCAGUUCCCAGCAAGCUGAACUCGCACAGGCUGUCCCAGAGGAAGGAAGCACUGCCAGCUUGGUAACCGCAACAGAUGUCAGCAAUGUGGAAGGUCCAGGAGAAGGCAGACAGUUGACAGGAUCUGACCCAACUGCUGUCCUGGCUGCAGGAUCUCAGACAAAUCGAGCUGCAGUAAAGUACCCCAAAACGAAAAAGUAUCUUGUUACCGAAUGGCUGAAUGACAAGGCGGAAAAGCAGGAGUGCCCCAUUGAAUGCCCUCUGCGCAUUACUACAGACCCGACAGUUUUAGCGACGACCCUAAACAUGUUGCCAGGUCUCACCCACUCCCCGCUGAUUUGUACCACGCCUAAACACUACAUUCGUUUCGGUUCACCUUUCAACCCCGAGAGACGUCGAAGGCCAUUUCUGUUGGAUGGAAUUUACAGCUCCUGUAAAAAGCGCUGGAUCAAACAAGCCCUGGAAGAGGGGAUGACUCAGACCUCACCAGCUACACAAGAGAACAGAACCCAGUGUCUAUACCAAAGUAACGAGAACAGCAGUUCUUCCAGCAUCUGCAAAGAUGACACAGACUUGCUGAGUCCCCUGAAGAAAUGGAAAUCUCGCUACUUGAUGGAGCAGAACGUUAAGAAGUUGCUGAGGCCGCUGUCUCCCGUCACCCCUCCGCCUCCCAUCCCGUCGGUCCCCGGCUCGGUGAGCCCGCAGCUGGCUACACCCUGCUCUUCGCUGCCGGGAGAGGAGGAGAGUCGCAACAGUUACGGCGUGAUGUUCUCACCAAUUCCUUCUCUGGCUGCUAGUCGCUGCAAUACUCCACUACAGUUUGAGAACGUAUCGUCCCCUGAGAGUUCCCCUGCGCAUAGGCCCGAGUCCAUGUCACCCGAGCUCAGCCUCCGAUCCGACCCGGAUUUGAAGGGUGGGUACCCGGAUUCCAGUGCAAACAGCUGCCCAGAACGACCAUCGCUGCUCAGCUUUGGCUCUUCCGACCUGGCUCCGCAACCCUCCAUAAACUCAACUUCAGAGACGAACUUCCCAGGGAAAAGUGGGGAAGCGCAGAUGCUGCUACGAAGCUCUGAUCAGGCUUUUCGGACAGAGUUUAAUUUAAUGUAUGCCUUCUCCCCAUUGAACGCUAUGCCACGUGUAGACGGGUUGUCGCGGGGACCUGCUCCUUUGGGAGAGAGGAAGCCAAUAAACUCGGAAGCGGGAUGCUGCAGCUCUCCUGCCGAAGGGUAUUUCAGCAGACACGAGUCAGGGCUGCUGAAGGAGCCAGCGCAUGGAUCCAUGUCUCCCUGCGGCGAGAGGGCUUGUGAAGGCGUCAGGUCUGCUCCCCAGAAUCCGCCACAAAGGAAGAAGGUGUCUCUGCUAGAAUACCGCAAGCGGAAACAAGAAGCCAAGGAGGGAGGCGAUUCGGGGCGAUGUGCAGGGACUCCGACCCGACAGGGCAGCAGCGGUUCCGGGACUGACACAGACGGCUCCAGCCUGCCAGGCUCCGCAGCACGAACCCCGUCCUCCCCGCAAAGCGGCUUCUCCCCUUCUCAUCCCUCCCUGCCUCACGUAGAGGACGUCAGCCCGCCGGACUCGAGGGGGGUUGGUUCCUCAUCGUCACUUAGCAAAUCCCAGGAGAGCAUCAGCAAUAGGUGUUGCCAAGAUACAGCCAUCACAAUGUAAACAGAUGUGCUGCUGCCCAGUAAACCCAGCCUUGCAGAAAACUGUCUCCAGCAAAACAAUAGCAGCAACGAAGGUGUGAAUUCACCCCCUCACCCCAUUCACCUCCAUGAGGUGUGAACUCUGGCCCCUUUUCCCUUCUGCUUCAUUGAGGGGUGAACAUCAAUGUCUGGGCUAUUUAGUUAUUAAAAAAAAAUAAGCUAGUGUAAAGCACAGGUUUAAAUAUAUCUUUAAAAAGAAAAAAGUUAAAUACAGAAAUCUGUUAAUAUGGUGUUAAGCUGCAUACUGAUGUGGUAUGCAGUACAUUUAAUGUUAUACUAAAUAUUUAAAUUCAGGCAUUUUUAAGGCGCGUGUUCUUCGGUGUCUAGCAUAGAAGCAUCGUGAAUCCCUGAUCAAGGUACUGUGAUCUUGUAGGUUAAAACACAUAUUUCCAAAGAGAUUUGGAUGGUCUUGUGGAUGGCAGAUGAAAUAUUGACCGAGGGCUCUGGGAUUUGCCUGUGGCUUUCUUUUUCCUUCUACAGUUUGGCUUUAGGAAAGCCACUUUUCACCCUCAGACUAGACACUUGUCAUAUAUAACGGAACAAGAUCUAGCACUGAUCUUGAGCAGAGAAUUUUCACGUUACAGAAUGAGUGGGACAAAGUAGCAUUAAUGGCCAACCUAGCUCUGCUCCAGGAACGUUGCAUUACCUGACUGCACUAUCUUGACACUGUAUUAUCGUUAAGGCAUUGGGUUUGCUUCUUGUUAGUUUGAGUAAAAGUAAUCUAUGCAAAAUAACUGCGUUUAAUUUCAAAACAAUACCAGGAUUUUUGAAAUGCUGUUGAAUCUCAAAACAGUUUUUCUGGGAGAUGGUGUCCUGUAAUCAGGUGGUUUACUGAACGGGAUGUUUGUACCGUGUUUUUGGUAAGAGUGAAGAUUCUGCAUUUCUGAGGGCAGUGCUGUCAUGGCAGCCGGUGACUGGCAGGCUGGAAUCCCACAGGAGAUAUUUACAUUGCCAAAGCAGCUCAGAAGUUUAUUCCUCAUCUGCUGGUCUCUGAUCCCUCCCUUCUGUGCCGGGGCUUUGCAUUUGCACUAACAUCAUACCGGUGAAUUUAAACAGAAACGUAAACCUGUUCUUUGAUUAUACCAAGGACCCCACAGACCCCUUGGGCGUUGGUGACGUUGCUCUGGGCUGUAGAAGAGGAAUCCUCAGCUCUGACCGGUUUUUUG